GGAAAAAUUGCAAAUGGCGCGCUGCGUUUGUGAUCGAAGCACGUGUGAUUGACGUUUCAAAAAAAUUGGUCUAACGUGUUUAAUUAAAUGCAUUAAAUAAUACUGAAUGUGCAGAAAGUAAAUUGUCAGAACAAAUAUACUUAAAAACGACACGAUGCCGGAUAUGAAAUAUAUUUUGGUUACCGGUGGAGUAAUAAGUGGUGUUGGAAAAGGUGUGAUUGCAAGUUCUUUUGGCACAAUUUUGAAAAGCUGUGGUAUCGAUGUGACUUCAAUAAAAAUUGAUCCGUACAUUAAUAUCGAUGCAGGAACGUUCUCUCCAUACGAGCACGGUGAAGUUUACGUGCUCGAUGACGGUGGUGAAGUUGACCUUGAUCUUGGCAACUAUGAGCGCUUCUUAGAUAUAACACUACAUAGAGACAAUAAUAUAACAACUGGCAAAAUAUACCAGCAGGUUAUUGAGCGUGAAAGACGAGGAGACUAUCUUGGGAAAACUGUUCAGGUAAUUCCACACAUUACCGAUGCAAUUCAAGAAUGGGUGCAAAGAGUAGCCCAUAUACCAGUGACACCAGACAAUGCUCCACCUAGGGUCUGUAUAGUGGAACUUGGUGGGACUAUAGGAGAUAUUGAAGGAAUGUCAUUUGUUGAAGCAUUCAGACAAUUCCAGUUCAGAGUGAAGAGAGAGAACUUCUGUUGUGCCCAUGUAUCUUUGAUUCCCAUGCCAAAAUCAACAGGAGAACCUAAGACAAAACCAACACAAUCUUCAGUCAGAGAAUUACGUGGUUUGGGCUUGUCACCAGACUUGAUACUGUGCAGAUCAGAGAAACCUAUCAACCAAGGAGUUAAAGAGAAAAUAUCCAAUUUCUGUCAUGUAGGACCAGAACAGGUAAUAUGCAUUCACGACUUGAGUUCCGUGUACCACGUACCCCUCCUAAUGGAAGCCCAAGGAGUAGUGCAAUAUUUAAACGAAAGGCUCCAACUGAAUAUUUCCAUGCCACGACCAGGAAAGUUUAUGCGGAAAUGGCACAAUCUAGCUAAGCGGGUCGACAAUCUUCGCAAAGAAGUGAACAUAGCUCUAGUAGGUAAAUACACAAAGUUGGAAGACAGUUAUGCAAGUGUCACAAAAGCCCUGCAGCAUGCCUGCAUAGCAUCGGGAAGUAAACUGAACCUGACAUACAUUGAGGCUGUGAACCUAGAACGACAGACUAAGAUAGACGAUCCUGUUAGUUACCACAAAGCAUGGCAGAAUUUAUGCAAGAGCGAUGGUGUCAUAGUUCCUGGUGGAUUUGGCCAGAGAGGAAUGGAAGGCAAAAUCGAAGCUUGUCAAUGGUGCCGUGAAACACAAAAACCGAUGCUUGGCAUCUGUCUUGGUCUACAAGCCUCUGUGAUAGAAUUUGCUAGAAAUGUAUUAGGACUUAAAGGUGCUAAUACGACUGAGGUAGAUCCCAAAUGUGAGGACAAAUUAGUAAUAGACAUGCCUGAACACCAUCCUGGAAAUCUAGGUGGAACUAUGAGGCUAGGAAAAAGGAAGACUUAUUUGGAACCCAGUGUUAUAACCCAACUAUACAAGAGAGAUGUAAUAGAAGAACGUCACAGGCAUCGGUAUGAAGUAAACCCAGAAUACAUAGAACGUUUAGAAGCAGCUGGUCUCCGUUUUGUAGGCAAAGAUGAGACAAAAACUCGAAUGGAGGUUGCGGUAGUAGAUAAUCACCCUUACUAUGUCACAGUGCAGUUUCAUCCGGAGUAUUUAUCGCGGCCAUUGUCACCUAGCCCACCGUUCUUAGGACUAAUUUUGGCAUCCCUUGGAAAACUAAAGAACUACUUAUCAAAGGGCUGUCGGUUGAGCCCACGAAACCAGUCUGAUGUGAGCUCAGAUGAAGACGAUAUAUCCGUAUCUUCUUUAAGUAUAGCUGAUGAAAAAACCGUAAUUGAAAAUGGUAUCGCCGUCAAUGGAGUGAGCAAAUAAAAAUACUGUUUAAUUAUCUAUUCUAUUAUAAUUCUAUUAUAUUAUGAUUAAGUCAUACUGUAAACAUAUAAUCAAAUUGUAUGCUUGUUGCCAUUGCAAAUUGAAAUGACAAGAAUGAAUAUUUUCGUAAAAGGAAGGUAUUAUAGAUGUAAACCAGUGAAGUAUCAUCGUUUUUUACUUAAUUUUUUUCUUUUACAAAAUCUAGCAUCUACAUUAUUAUACCUUUCCACUAGUCUAUAAAUGGUUGAAGCAUAAUACAAAUUAUAUAUUCUAAAUAUAUAAUUUUAAUAUUUAAGAUGAAAAUGACGGUAUAUUCAAUGAAUAGUUUAAAAAAGAACUUAAAAUUGACUUCCAAACAUACAAGUUAUUACAGAAUUUUGAUUAAUCUUAAACCAUUUUUAUAGUACACAGCAUUAUUUAAAAUUUUCUGUAAUUUAACCGUAAGUGUUGGUUUGGUAACAUAAGGAUUAAUUGUUUCAAAUAAUAGCUAAGCAUAAUUUUUGUAGAUUUUUUAUGUUUUAUUUGAAAAGAAUUAACUUGUAUGUUGAUGUAUUAUCUCGAAUAAUUUGAAGAUAUUAUUUUACAAUGCAAUGAAUACCAUUAGUGUUGUUACCUAUCUAACAUUAGGGUAGUUAUUGGGCCAUAUUUUUAUUUUCUUGUAUUAUAUUCUCUACACAAGUGUUACUAAAAACUUUUAUUUGUAUUUUAUGUAUUAUCUUUAUACUAUUAAUGUCCGUCUGAGCAACCUACUAGUACUAAUAAUGUAGACUAAAGCUGUUAAUUGUACCGAUGCCAUAUUAUGUAUGUUCCAGAGCUAUAAUAUCCUAAUCAACUAUGCUUCCUUCAUAAUAGUUUGCUAGAACAAAGGACCUGCAGCCAAGUCCAUAAAUUCUUCUUUCAUAGAGGCUGAUCACAAAAAUGUAUUUGAUUAUAGAAUAAGUGGACAUUAAAAAAUAUUGUAUCGGUAGGUGUCUAUGGUACGAUCAUUAUUCUUCUAUAAAAAUUAUAUACAUAUAUAUAUUAAAAUUGUAGUAAUUUUAAAUGCGUACCAUAAUUUGAUAGGUAUGAUUAAAGGAGAAUGCCCACGGCACUAUGGACAAAUGUACUGAAUUCAACAUUGUUGUGUCUCCAUGAAAUAAUCUUUAAAAUAUUCGAUGGCAUGUCCAAAUACUACCUCAAAAAAUUUUACACAAAAUACAUUGGCAUUUUCGAGAUAUUCACAAAAUAAAAUCACUAUUUUGAGGUUAUGUCCGAUCAAUAAUUAACUAAAAAAAGCUAUUUAAAAGGGUCUGAAUGGGUUUUUAUGGCUUGGUAUCUUUGAAGCAUACUUAUUAGUGUUAAAUCUGUAACGUGUUAGCUAUGUCAGGUGGCCAGUUACUGGUGGACACAUGUAUUGUGUCUACCUCACCGAGUCUGAUAUAGAUUUUGCGCAUUUUUAAAUCUAACGCCCGCGUUUCAUGAAAUUGCAAAGCAUGGAAGGAACCGUUACUAAAAUAGUCAAUAGCUCAGUGUUAUAUCUAGGCCCUACUCAAAUCAUAGAUGUGGUAGGUAUCAUGACAUGGCCUUUAUAAAUACCUACAGAGGGAAGGAAAACAAACAAAAACAAAUACAAUAAAUAAAAUAAUGAUUA